GCGGUGCCCGCGGCCGAGAUGGCGGCGCCGCGCGCCCCCGCGCCGUGAGGCCUCGGGCGGCCCCGGCGACACCGGGCGGGCUGAGGGGAGCGCGGGGCGCGAUGGCGGCGGGGCCCGGCCCCGGGCCCGGCCCCGGGGCGGCCGCGGCGUCGUGGGGAGGGCCGGGCUGGCGGCUGCCGGGGCGGGUGCUGGAGCUGGUGUUCUCGUACCUGGAGCUGCGGGAGCUGCGGAGCUGCGCGCUGGUCUGCAAGCUGUGGCACCGCGUCCUGCACGGCGACGAGAACAGCGAGGUGUGGCGCAGCCUGGCCGCCCGCUGCCUGGCCGAGGAGGCCCUGCGCACCGACAUCCUCUGCAACGUGCCCACCUACAAGGGCAAGGUCCGUGCCUUCCACCACGCCUUCAGCACCAACGACUGCUCGAGGAACGUGUACAUCAAGAAGAACGGCUUCACGCUGCACCGCAACCCCAUCGCGCAGAGCACAGACGGGGCGCGCACCAAGAUCGGCUUCAGCGAGGGCCGGCACGCCUGGGAGGUGUGGUGGGAGGGCCCGCUGGGCACCGUGGCCGUCAUCGGCAUCGCCACCAAGCGCGCCGCCAUGCAGUGCCAGGGCUACGUGGCCCUGCUGGGCAGCGACGACCAGAGUUGGGGCUGGAACCUGGUGGACAAUAACUUGCUGCAUAACGGGGAGGUGAACGGCAGCUUCCCGCAGUGCAAUAACGCGCCCAAAUACCAGAUAGGUGAAAGGAUUCGAGUUAUCCUGGACAUGGAAGACAAAACAUUAGCGUUUGAGAGGGGCUAUGAGUUCUUGGGAGUUGCCUUCAGAGGACUGCCAAAAGUUUGCCUGUAUCCAGCAGUGUCUGCUGUGUAUGGUAACACAGAAGUGACUUUGGUCUACCUGGGAAAGCCUCUGGAUGGAUGACGUGGAUUGUUCUGUUGGGACGUCGAGAUGUGGAUGUUUGGGAGGAGAAAUCUGCAUGUUGGUUAGAGGGAAACGUGUAUUAGAGGAAAAAAAGAACAAAAAAGUGUGGGUGUGUGUCCAAGAGCCAUCGAGGGAACCACAUGGAGUUUGGAAACGGAGGACCAGCUGUACUUCAGCAAUUAUGUUACAUUUCCUCUUUCUACCAGGCCAGAAAAAUCCUCAGGGCUGCAGUUGGUUGAGUGGGAAGCUGACACAUGCAUGUCGCAACAGAUUUUAUUGCUAAAAUGGCAGUGUGACCUCAAACAUUUAAGAAAGGACUUGAUAAAAAAGAAAUGCUUGAGGAAAUUAGCCUGGGAUUUGUAAGUGGCGUGUUUUGUGAGAGACUCCCAUUUCCAAACUGCUUGUUCCUUCUUUCCUUCUUUCCUUCCUUCCUUCCCUCCCUGGGGCCAGCAUGGGGGCUGGAGCAGAGCUGGGGGUAUUUACAAAUUUUUAGUGUCCUGAGAGGCACGGUCUGUGCAACUGCCCUUCUCUGGUAUAACCAUACAACACGUGUGCAGCUAUUUUUAAGUGUAUUUUAAGGAUUGUAUAUAAAGAAAACGUUGAAAAGAACAGUUAAAAGAAAGGGUUUGCUUUAUUCUAACUGGGACAGAAUUUCUUAAAGGGAAAAAAAAAAUCACCCCCCUCCCUGGCACCAGAACACAACCUGGGACAGGUGUACAGCCUUCAUGUCAGUGCAGUUCUGUUGUAAUGUGUUUUGGGAUGCUCUUGUGGAGUGCGGUGCUGCUUUGGGUUGUUUCCUGUGAAAGUUUCCAUGGCUUCAGUGGCAGGUUUGUUCUCUGUAGGAAACAAAAACGUUUUCCCCCCGAGUUUCCUUUCAGCAGAACUCGCGCUCCCCUCGGGGAAGGAAGGCUGAGCACAGCACUGAGCCUGCCUUCCUCUCCACGUCAAAAAUGCCACCUUUUCAAAGCAUUCUCUCACUUGCUGAUCACUGUUGUGAGAUGUCUCAACAUAAUGUGCAAGGAGCAUUGGGCUUCUGCAACCAGACCUUACUUUCAGCUUCAGUGGCUUUAUAAAGCUUGAAGGCUUGCCUGAACCUUUCUUAACUGAAUCAAAUCCCCCAGCACCCCAACAUUCACCUGCCCAGCACUAGUAAACUCUCACCAGCCCUUUGAUGAGGAUUCUGGGUCACAUUCAGUGUUUGUGCUCUUCACUGAUUCUCUCAAAGCCAUGUCCAGACCCCCCAGGCACGUCUGUGUGCUGGCCCGUGCAGGCUGGGAAGCUUCCAGGUGUAGUGAGGAAGAAUUUCUGGUGAAACCACUUUGCUGUGAGGUUGGAAGGUCUGCAGGGAGCCCCAGGAGGGCCCUUUAGCAGGGCAGGAAGGCUGUGAGCCCCAUGGCUGGCUCGUGACUCUGGUUUCAUGCUGGUUGGCAUCUCCCAGAGCUGCCUGGGCUGUUUCAGAGCUGCUUUUCAGAGAGGGAAAGGAAAUGUUUAUAGAACCUUUUUUUUGCUUGGUUUUUUUUCCCUGGUUUUUUUUUUUUCUUUCUUUUUCUUUUCUUUUCUUUUCUUUUCUUUUCUUUUCUUUUCUUUUCUUUUCUUUUCUUUUCUUUUCUUUUCUUUUCUUUUCUUUUCUUUUCUUUUCUUUUCUUUUCUUUUCUUUUCUUUUCUUUUCUUUUCUUUUCUUUUCUUUUCUUUUCUUUUCUUUUCUUUUCUUUUCUUUUCUUUUCUUUUCUUUUCUUUUCUUUUCUUUUCUGUGUGUUUUGUUUUGUGCUAGAGAAUGUGAGUUGCUUGGUACCAGACACUGGCAAUUCUCUGAGCAUGGAAGAAAGAGGAAUCCCUCUUGGGCUGUUGCUCAUCCCCUUCCCUGUUCCUCAAGGAAGUGAGUGAGGCUUUGCCUUGGAGUGCUUUUGGCCAGGUAGAUCACCAGGUUCAGCCCUGGAACUGUGUAAGUUGUUACAAUUUAAAGGAUUUAAAAGUAUUUAUUUGUUCUGUGUGUUCAUUGCUGAAAGGCAAAUCAAGGUCUGUUCCUCUUGCUGCACCAGAAUGUGCUGUGAGCAGUGGAGGUGUUUUGGUGGUGCUGAGAACAGCCAAAUAAAGGAUGUGGGACAGGCAUCCAGGUACCCGGACAAAUCUGUUACAGGCAUUGAUUGUACUGGACUGUAAAGUGUCUGCAGAGCAGAACCAUGGGGCAUAGAGUUGGGGAUAAAGGAAACAAAACCCUGCCCAGUUUAGGGAAAUAAAUAGUCCCCAGGAUGAAUGUAUCCUCAGUGCAGUCCUGAAAGAUGCAACCUCUGUGGUUGUCCAUGAUCCAGUUAGAGGCAAGGAAACCCUGAGAAUUCUGAGGAGUUUUAAUCACAGAUUCAGAUUGAUUCCCAUUUUUCAGACUGCAUCUUGCCCUCUAAAUAAUUUCCCUCUAAAUCAGAAAUGCUGAAAGUUGAACAUUCCUUAAGGGUGGGUUUGGGUGGACUCACUUAUGUAAGAUUAUAACUUAUUCCUGGAGACCAAUGCUGGCUGUACAAAAUAUUAAAAUAAACUCUGCUAUCAUUCAGAAGGA